UUAGGGUCCUUUCGGUGACCCGUGACGAAGUAGAAGAACAGCUGGAAAAUUCAAUGUUUCGUCGCUUCUCGUUUGCAACAUUUCAACAAUAACACACCUCAGAGAAAUUCCUGCCCGGUAAGGAAAUGACUGAAGAUUCUAGCGAUUCGUGCUCGGUGGCUACGGAGUCUUCAGGAGUGGAGGUUCUAUAUCGGGACCCAGCAGCGGACGGGAACGUUAGUGGCAGCGCAAAGGAGCCGUCAGAUGUUUUCCUGAGAAGUCUGGUGGAUCUGGUGAACGAUGACGAUGUCAACGCAGUUCUACAGGCUCAGAGACACAUGGUGAACAGAUUUGAGAAGACAAAUGAGAUGCUGCAGAGUUUCAACACCUUGUCGUCCAUCCGGUUUGACGAGACACAGGAGAUGUUUAAGAAGCACACCCAGACACUGCUGGACAUGAAGAAGGACCUGGAUCACAUCUUCAGAAGAAUCAGGGAACUUAAAGGAAAAGUCAGCAAACAGUAUCCUGAAGCCUUCCAAGCUGCUGAGAUACAGGUGCGACAGUGGGAGGAGUCAGCCAUGUCCCCCACCUCACCACUCCCAGAAGGAGCAACACUCACAGCUGAAAUACCAGCUACAGAAGACUGUUCCACAAAUGAUUCCUCUGUAGAUCUACCAGGGCUACAGACAAACGUUUUACAGCCUCCACAUCCUCAAGAAGAGGACUUGACAUUACAUUAGAUUUGCUUGGUGUUACUCCAGGCAUAAGAAAAGGUUAUUGCCAACUUUAAUUUCAAAGCAGAUGGUAGUGUGGAGAUUGUAACAUAUUAAUUCGGACUGCCAGGCUUCUCUGACAACUGCACAGCUUCUACCCCACAAUAUCUGCUUGGAGAUUAGCCAACUUGACCACUAUUCAGAAAUGCUUUAGUCUUUUUUUUUACAUUUUAAUAUUGUUCAAUUUGUGAGGAUGGUCAGGAUCAGAAGGUAAUUUACAUAAUCAUUGAAGAAAUUUGAUUAUUCUAGUUUUUGUGUAUUGUCUGUUCUGGACAUGCCUUGGUGGUGAUUUUUGGAUGGUAGAGGUAUGGAUGAUGUGGUAUAGGUGUGGACCCACCUGACACCUUUUUUUGGAUGCUUCUGAGGUCCUUAAAAAUAAUGCUUUCCUGGAGUAAAAUGAUUGUCCUGUGGACAUUGAAGCAACAGUAGAGACUCAUCUUUAUAUUCAUGAAUUACUCCAUGUUUAUUUAUAAAGCUUUGAACACCAUUUCACCACAUUUUCAAAUAUGUCACAUCAACAAGACAAAAAUGUUACAUCAAAUAAUGGAUACAUACUUUGGUUCAAGAGAAUCAACAAAAUAAGUUAACAAGAAAUAGAAAAACAGACAAAAGUAACUAGGUCAUUCAAUACAAUAGACAUAAAAGGAAUCCAGACUAAUUCUGGAUGCUCUGGCAUGUAACAAGGCCGAGAAUCACUAGUAUGUACAUAACAUUGCAUAUGGAAGUUGUACAAGAUUUCACACUGGUUUUAGCUGUAAUGUUCUAAAAAAGAGUUAUCAACAA